UGUUGUUUUUUUCUUCUCCCUCUAAUUUCCCACUUGUCUCUCAGAAAUGUGUGGACAGAAAUUCUCCAUGUUGACCAUAAUUUCAUGAUGGAGUUCAGGACUGAUUUGAAACAUGAAAGGCCGUGGUCAAAGGAGACACAGAGGCCUUUACCCCGCCAGACACAACACAAGUUCAAUAGAACAAUGAGUGAUGAGAGUCAAGACCCAUUCAGAAAUGUUCACAGAAGGCCAGGCCUGCAGAUAUGGACCAUCAACAACAUGCAGAUGGUGCCAGUUCCAGCCAAAGCCUUUGGUAACUUCUUCGAGGGCGACUGUUAUAUUGUUCUCUAUAUAAGUCAGAACAAAGGCAUAGGCCAGACUGCUGACAUCCACUACUGGAUUGGAAAAGCCUCCUCUCAGGAUGAGCAGGGAGCAGCAGCCAUCUUCGUCACCCAGCUGGAUGAGCACUUGGGUGGGAGUCCGGUCCAGCACAGGGAGGUGCAGGGCUGUGAGUCACCCCGGUUCAGGAGCUACUUCAGGAACGGCCUCAUUUACAAGAAAGGAGGGGUGGCAUCAGGUUUUAACCACGUCGACACAAACGCCUACAAUGUCCUGAGAUUGCUGCACGUCAAAGGGAGGAAGCAUGUCACGGCAUCAGAGGUGGAGGUGUCAUGGAACAGCUUCAACAAUGGAGACAUUUUUCUGCUGGAUAUGGGGAAAUCCAUUGUACAGUGGAACGGCCCCCAGAGCAACCGGAGAGAAAAGCUAAAGGCAGUCUUGUUGGCUCAGGACAUCCGGGACAGGGAGAGAGGAGGUCGGGCUCAGAUUGGAGUUGUAGAGGGUGGAAACGAGCAUGACUCCCCAGAGCUCAUGAAGGUCAUGACGGCGGUGCUAGGUCAAAGAAGUGGGCCACUGAGGGGCGCCAUUCCUGAUGACCAAACUGACAGUGUGCGAAACAACAUGAUCAGACUCUACCAUGUUUAUGAAAGUAGUGGGAAUCUCGUGGUUCAAGAAGUGGCCACACAGCCUCUAACACAAGACCUGCUGCGCUCCUCUGAUUGUUACAUUUUGGAUCAUAAAGGUUCCAGUGUGAUGGUUUGGAAAGGCAAACAUGCCUCCAAUGAGGAGCGACGAGAAGCUCUCAACAGGGCAGUGGGUUAUAUCAAAGCCAAGAACUACCCCUCCAGCACCAGUGUGGAGGUGAUGACAGAGGGCGGAGAGUCAGCCAUGUUCAAACACUUGUUCAAAUCCUGGACUGAUAGAGGCCAAACUCAGGGUCUUGGUACCACCUACAGCGUGGGAAAGAUAGCUAAAGUAGAUCGAGUGAAGUUUGAUGUGAUGCAGCUCCAUGCUCAGCCUGAACUGGCAGCAAGGCAUCGCAUGGUGGAUGACGCUUCUGGAGAUGUGAAGGUGUGGCGAAUAGAGGACCUGGAGCUGGCUGAAGUUCAUCCAAGCACAUAUGGACAGUUUUAUGGAGGAGACUGCUACUUGGUGCUGUACUCAUAUAAAAGAGCACACCAGCAGCAGUACAUACUCUACAUGUGGCAGGGUCGUCAUGCCACUCAAGAUGAGAUCACAGCUUGUGCCUACCAGGCUGUAAAUGUUGAUAACCAGUACAAUGGAGCCCCGGUCCAGGUCAGGGUGGUCAUGGGAAAGGAGCCACGACACUUCCUGGCUAUUUUCAAAGGCAAAUUCAUCAUCUUUGAGGGUGGUACAGGCCGACCUGGUGUGGUCAACCCUGACCGAGGUGCCAGAUUGUUCCAGGUGAGAGGGACCGAUGAGUUGAACACCAAGGCCACUGAAGUGCCGGCGAGGGCCUCCUCUCUCAACACCAAUGACGUUUUCCUGCUGAAGACUGACCACAUAUGCUACAUGUGGUAUGGAAAGGGCUGCAGCGGGGAUGAGAGGGAGAUGGGGAGAGCCAUCGCUCAUGUGCUGUCCAAGCAGGACAAACAGGUGGUGAUGGAGGGACAGGAGCCAGCUGCAUUCUGGGUAGCUCUGGGAGGAAAAGGCCCCUAUGCUAGUGACAAGAGACUGCAGAUGGAAGAGCCCAUACACAUGCCCAGACUGUUUGAAUGCUCCAAUCAGAGUGGCACGUUUAGGAUGACUGAAGUGGACGACUUCACCCAGACUGACCUGGAUGAGGAGGACGUCAUGCUACUGGACACCUGGGAGGAGAUUUUCUUGUGGGUUGGAGUAUCAGCCAAUCAGUGCGAGACCAAGGAGGCGUGGAACAGCGCUCACGAUUACCUGAGGACCCACCCGGCAGUCCGAGACCUUGACACACCAAUCAUCUUCAUCAAGCAGGGAUACGAACCGCUGACGUUCACUGGCUGGUUCAAUGCAUGGGACCCUCUGAAGUGGAGCGGAGGAAACUCCUAUGAUGAGAUGAAAAAAAAGCUGAGCAAUGCAGCAUCAAUCUCACAGAUAACUGUAGAUCUGAAGAACUUUGAUCUCAGUAAGAGUCCUGCUGGUAUGAGUGGGGGUUACAGGGCUCCUGGAGGCCCUGUGACCCCCCCUCCUGUAUACGGAUUUGGAGGCGAUCGAUCCCCCAGACCCUUGACUCCCUCCAGCCCAUCAUCUUUCCGACCCAGUGGCACGGUGUCGCCCUCUGUUGGAGGCUCAGGGAUGUAUUUUAAUCCAGAGCUCCUCAUCAACAAGUCUCCCAGUGAGCUGCCGCAGGGAGUGGACCCCAGCCAGAAAGAGGAUUUCCUAUCUGAUGAGGAUUUCCAGAACCUGCUCGGUACGACUCGCUCAGAUUUCCUCCGUCUGCCAAAGUGGAGGCAGACUGACUUGAAGAAAAAAGCCGGACUUUUCUGAGAAACUGCCACUCCCGGAUUACAUACUUGUUAGAGCUAAAAAAAUUCUCAGUCAUGAUAAAGCAAACUGAGACAACAUUAAACUGGAUAAUCUCAUCAGAAUAUACAUUUCUUUAACUAUUUCCUGACAUUUAAUACAUCAGCCAAGAUAAAGUGAUCAACCACGUUCUCU